GGUUUCUGUCAGUUGUUUGUUGGAUUUUUUUUCCUUUCUCGGAUGAAAGAGGGUUCUCGUCAAGAGGAAGAAGUGUGGUGGAAAACUCGAAAGUCCGCUGCCAGCUAGUGGUAUCGUUUAUCUGCCAUCUGUUUUCACGACCCGUUGAGGUUGAGUGAUAUUUACUUUUUUUUUAUGGGGGUCACGGCAGCAUCAUCCCUUUUCCUGCAUUAAAUAUAACGACGAACGAACGGUUUUGACUAGUUAUUGGCCCAUGAGAAGCUAAUCCACCAACAACCCACACGGUUCAACGAAGUGGAAAGGGCAGAUUUGUGAUUGUUCGAACGGAAGUUGGGUUUUCAAGUGAUUAGUGAAACAUGAAACAGGAUUUAAGCAUCUCGAAAGCUAAUGGAAUUAUUAGUAGCCACCGAAUCCCGCCGGCUUAAACUUGGCUGGUAUUUAAUCUGUUCAAAGGCAGCUUUUCAACACAAUUUAUUUCCGGAAGAUUAAAUUUGAUUGAUCCAGUGGUCUAGACUCGGUGCUUUGGUGUCUUUUCUAUUGAGAUAAUGAAGAAGAAAAGUGCGAGCAUAAUUGAUUUAUACGAAGAAAAAGGUUUAAAUCGUAAACAUUCUGCUGAUACUUUGGAAUACUAAGGAGGUUUGGAUCGUUAGAAUCUUCAACCUGAUAGAGAAAGUAAAAAGGCUGCUUCUACAAAUGUAACGCUGGUGUAUAUUUAACCGACCUGAUCUCGAUGCAUCACCGAAUGACCCAGACUUCCUCAACCAAGAUCAGCAGUCCCGAAACUCGAUGAACCUAACUCGCCCAACGGACCGGACCCUGAAGCAGCACCAAGGAUCAGCAGCAUGGUUCGCAUGGCAGGAUCGAAACUGUUGGCCCGGCUGCUCCUGUUGAUCUCGUCCGUUACGCUUGUGUCGCUUCUGGCACUGACCCGCUGUGGUCUGGGUGGGCUGAUUGCCAACGAGAAUGGCAUCGUUGUGGGAAGGGAUGUUAGUGGAAGUUCCGGUGGCGCCGCCGGAAGUGACGAAGAGUACGUGGCCGUUUCGGGAAUGCAACUGCGAUCGGGGAUCGUGGUCGAUCAGCAGGAUUCACCGGCGGUCCAAAGUGCCCGAUACACGGCGAACGAUGAGCAGGCAUCCGGCUAUCUUCAAAUGCUACAGCAACGGGAAGAAGAAAACCUCAAGGAGGUAGCAAAGCUAACGGCCGAGAUCAAGGCUCUUAAGUUACAGAUCUUGCAGCUAAGGAACAGUGCUCACGCGGCUGCAGCAGCGCAACAGAUCCCAGUUGGAGAGCUGCUCGGAAACGGAAGCAGUAAUGGACCGAACGUUCCAGCAGCUGUUCCGAUAGUCCACGAUUGUUCCGCUUUCAUCCGACGGCAGGUUGGAGCUGCCGAGAUUCUUCACGGGCUUCCAUUGAAUAACGAGUAUGAGUUGAUUCCCUUCAACCACUUCACAUUCAGUCGAAUCUAUCCGAUCGAGCUUGGGUUGGGAAAAAGAGUUGUCGAAAAGCCUAUUGGCUACAAGAGAAGAGACAUCCUCGGCGCGCUGAACAAGGCCUUGGAGACCCUCAACAGGAAUAUCACCACGCCCACGGGAAAGUACACCCUGGAUGAUUUUUCCGAAGGUAUCUAUCGGAACGAACCAACAACCGGAACGCAGUACGAGCUGUACUUUCGGACCAAAGAUGCCACCCAAAACAAGAGCUCUUCCUCCCACCAUGGGAACAAUGCGAACGAUCACAGCACCACCAAGCUGAUCGUGAUGCGUCCCUUUGCGCCGAUGCAAACGAUCCAGAUGGAGAUUGUGGUGCCCCGGCAGCAGCUGGAAAAAGAACUGAUCCAUAUCAUAUUGCCCUUGUCGGGGCGAACUUCGACCUUUCAGAGCUUCAUGGAUAAGUACGUUAAGAUUGCGCUCAAACAUGAUAAACGGGUGCACCUGACGGUGGUGUACUUCGGUGAGGAGGGACUUUCGGAGGCGCGAUCGAUCAUGAGUCGAGUGAUUGGGAUGAAGAAUUCCGGCGGUAACUCUUCCAACUUGAAGCUGCUGGCGCUGAACGAGACCUUCUCCAGGGCAAAAGCACUGCGCGUCGGCGCCGAAAAAGUCUGGAGCAGCAAUGUAAAUAAGGACAAGGACGUGCUGCUCUUCAUGUGUGAUGUAGAUAUAGUAUUUAGUGCAAAAUUCCUAGAUAGAUGCCGCUGGAACACCAAACCGAAUAAAAAGGUCUACUACCCGGUGGUCUUCAGCUUGUAUAACCCACACGUGGUUUACACGUUGCAAGGUAAGGAAGUUCCGCCGGAAACCGACCAGUUGGUCAUUUCCAAGGAUUCUGGCUUCUGGAGAGACUUCGGCUACGGAAUGACCUGCCAGUAUCGGUCGGAUUUCCUCAAGGUGCGCGGAUUCGACGAAGAGAUCAUCGGCUGGGGUGGUGAAGAUGUGAUGCUGUACCGGAAGUACGUUCGGUCGCACAUAAAGGUGAUUCGGGCGACAGAUCCGGGUAUCUUCCACAUCUGGCAUCCAAAGAUCUGCACCGGGGUCACUCCGGGCCAGAAGCUUUCGGUCGAUCAGUAUCGAGCGUGCAUCCGAUCGAGGGCGUUGAAUGAAGCGUCGCAUGCCCAGCUGGGAUUUCUGGCCUUCCGGGACGACAUUGUGGCCAACGAGGGCAAAAUGAUGCUAGCUGGGGGGAAAUAUGGAGCGGCGUCGAACAAAACUAAGGUUAGCAAAUUUGUGGGCAACGGGGUGGGGAAAUAUGGUGCUGCAAGCGGGGGGGAUAUGGACAAGAAAGUUACAACGACUAAUAGCAGUAGAAAGAGCACAUGAUCUUUUAUGAUCCAGCAUCAGGAAAGCAUCUGGAGGAUAGAGUUUUAGGUUAAGGCUCUUGUUAAGGACCAAUAGAAAGAAAUAGCGAAAAAACGAGAGUUUUCCUGAUGUUGAAGAGCUCAUAUUAGAAACAAAAAAGUAAAUCAGAAACGGAUCGUUCCACAUAGAGUAGCGCUCGAGUAGAUUUGAAAAAUUUUGCUCUGUUACAGUUGGGUUUAAAGCAAAUUAAAAGAAAAAAAAAACAACCAAAAACUAAAAUACCAAUACAUUUGUAAAUAAAUUUAACGAAAACAAGAAAAAAAAACUGUAGAAGACUUGAAAUCUCUUUUUCUAGCUUUACAACAGUAUGGAAUGAAUAACAAAUCGAAACGAUUCAAAACUUUUACACAAAAUCGAAAAUGCCUCGCGUGGUAUGCAGACAUUCAAAAGAAAGUCGUUUAGACCUAUAAUUAUUGUUUUUAUCAAAUUUGUUUAAAUUAUCAAAAUUAGUUCUUACCCUAGGCUGUUGACAAGAUUGUCUAUAAGAAUCGCUAUAAAGUGAAACAAUGCUUUAAAUUUAAUUCCAAUUGUUCCAAAAUCCUGUUAGGUUGUAACCAAAAUCGUUGAUGCUUGUUUAAGAGAUAGGAAAUGAAGUCGUCAUUAGUUCAGUUCCUAUGCCAAAAUAUUUUAACCUAAAUCAAAACAAAAAUGUAAAUUUAAUAGGUUAAUACCCUCAAAUCGAUCGAUUUGUAGUUAUGUAACCAAAAAUCAGUUCAGGGUAAAAAUCGGUUACAUGGAGUUGUGAAAUUUAAAUUGUACAUAAUAAAGAACUAAAUUAGUGCAAUCCGCGAAAAUAUCUUGUAGUGCGAAACGCGAGAGAUUACGAAACAAGGACUAAUAAAUUCCAUUGGCGAAAUUCAAACAUUUCA